AUGAUAUGGUAUACAUUGAUUGUUGUUGUUGCAGCAACUGUUGCUGUUGUAUUUGAUGAUGUUGCUUUAACAAUUGGAUUUGCUGUAAUUGUUGCUGCUGCUGCAGCUGCUGCAGCUGUUGAAGUUGAAGUUGAAUCCCUUAAUUUAGGGUAUAAAAAUAUUAAUGGCUUACGAAGACAUGAAACUCAAAAUAAAGAAUAUGGAUAUCGUAUAAAUUUUAAUUAA